AUGACGGGCUUUUUGGCAGCAGAUUUUGCAAUGAAUUUCCAGACUCAGGAAAGAGAAGACGAAAAUAAAUUGCGACAAAUUUUGCUUUACAACCCUUAUGACUUUGACAUUUGGCUUGAGCUGAUUAAGCAAGUCGAAAAAUAUGUAAUUUCUAAUUAGAAAUCUAAUGAAAAAAGCAAAAGCAUUUAUCAAGAAUUUUUGCAAGAGUUUCCGCAGUAUUAUCCAAUUUGGAGGAAGCUUGCAGAUGUUUAUAGCUCGGAAAAUAAUUAUGAAAUGGUUACUUGUACCUAUGAGGAAGGACUGAAGUAUAUUCCUGUCAGCGUGGAUUUAUGGCUGCAUUAUUGUAUAUGGAAAACAGAUCAUUGUACAGAAGAAGAAACAAGAGAGCUUUUUAUUAAAGCGACAAAUGCAUGCGGAAAGGUUUAUACGUCAAAUUUGUUGUGGGAUAAAUACUUGGAUUUUGAAAAAAACCAUAAAAAUUACGCAGCAAUGGAAACGAUUUUUAGCAAUUUGCUGAUCUUUCCGACAAAUAAGUUGUAUGAGUAUUAUACCAGAUUUAAAAAUUUUAUUGAUGCUUUUGGGAAAAAUCUGCCUUCGUUAGCUUCUCAGGAAGAUUAUGAGUUUGCUAAUUCUCUCUUCCAACUAGUCCGGAAAGUCUAUUUUAAGAAAAUUAAAAGAGCAAAAUUAUGUUUAAAGCAAAUCUUUUUGUAUGAAAUUUAAUAUAUAAUUAUUAAUUAUAGUGAUUAUAUAUCUUAGAUUUUUCUUCGCUUUACUUAAUGCCAUAUCCACUUUUGUUUCUGCUUCAAUGGCAUGCCUGCCAGAAUCAAGUACUACUUGAAUUGAUCGAAAUAAUCACCUCAGCUCUAGCAAAAUUCUCAACAGCUGCCCUUCAAGUCUCAGGCGAACCAUCUUGCGUCCUAAUACGCUAAAGGUCUCAGUCUCCCCGCUGGGGCCUUGGCACACUUCUAGAAAUUUCAAUUCCCCUAAUAGCAGGAGUUCACUCUUCUAAUCUGGUAUCUCGCUUCACUGUCAUAGCCAGUAUCCUGGGCGAAGCCAAAUCUCAUUAAUCAGGAUCCCAAAAAUUCAUAUCGAUAAAAAAGAUUCUAGCCUAGUGAAAGAGUAAGAAAAAACGCGUAGAAGAUAUAGUUAUUGCUUAUGAAAAAGUUGUGGUCGAAAAUAACAAAAGAAAAACAUUUGAGCAAGGAAUAAAAAGAUCAAAUUUCAGCACAAAAGAUCUUGAUAAUGAACAAAUUCAUAACUGGAGAAGAUAUUUAGAGUUCGAGGAAAACGAAGGGGAUGAUGACAGAAUUCGGCUUCUUUAUGAGCGUUGCAUAGUUGCCGCUUGCUAUUACUCUGAAUUUUGGAUCCGCUAUGCUAGAUAUAUUGAAAAAGUUCAAGGGUUUGAAAAGGCAAGAGAACUUUAUAGUCGAGCUAAUACUCAUUUCUUGUCUAGAAGGCCUGAUUUAUUUAUUGCACAAGGAUAUUUUGAAGAGCUACACAAACACAUAGACGAGGCUAGGAAAUUGUAUAAGCAUGCUUAUGAAGAUGUCACUCCAGGACUAUUAGAAGGGGUAUAUAAACAUAUAAAUCUAGAAAGAAGACAGAGAAACUUUGAGGAAGUAGAUAGGCUUUUUAAGUUUGCAUAUAUCUAAUUAUAAUAAAAACUUUUCUGCUGACUAGCCUUAUUAUAUUUUUAUUUGAAAAUACGAUAACGGCAGUCAGUCGGAAUUACUGUAAUUAGGUAUACUCUAUUGCUUUAGAGAAUGGCAAAUCAGAUAGCAUAGUAUUUGUUGCUGGCCAAUAUGCCAAUUUCAGUCAGCAUCAGAUGAAUAAUUUAGACAAAGCUAUAGAAAUUUAUAGUGAUGCCAUAAAAAAAGCUGGAGACAAAAAAUCUAUUUAUUAUGCUUAUAUAAAUGCUUUAGGGUGCUUAACAGACUUACAGGACAAAAAAACAAAAAUUAGAGAUGUCUAUGAAUUAGGGUUAAGCUUUAAUUCUGACUUGUCUCCUCAAGAAAAGUUAGAGUUAUGGGUAAGCUAUAUCGAUUUUAUGAGAGAUUCGUGGGAAAAUGGAAAUGAGCUAAAAGAGCUUGAAGAAAGAUUUAGGCUAGUUUUUCACCAUCAAGCUGCCUUAACUCAGAAAUUCAAAGCGUCUGCAAAAAUCAAAAGGAUGAGAAGAGUUCCUAUUUAUGAAGAAUCUGAGCCUAAUAAACGACAGCAUAUAGGAUAA